AUGGAUUCACACAGACAGGACACAGAAGAAGAAAAUAAAAUAAAAAGGAAAAGUGGUUCUUUAAUAAACAUCAAUAUUUCAGUGGCUAAGAAGAAAAAAAGAGUUAAGAGAUUUGAACGAAUAAACCCCAUUUUGUCGAGUGACUCUGAAGAUGAAAGAGGUAAUAUUAUAACAACUCGCGCUAUUAUUAAAACUCCUAUUGACCAAGUCUCACCAGUUAACCGUGAUAGAAGGAUCAUGGAACACAAUAUCACAAUCGCUGAGACAACAGAUUCAGAAAAAGGAACAGGAAAUAAGGAAAAAGAAAUCUACAGAUGGAAAAAUACUAAUCAAACAAACUGGAAAAGAAAUAAAGAGUUGGAGACGAAACGAAAAUGUUUGCCAUAUAAGAGUAAAACUGGAAAGUUUCUUGCAGCUAAACUACCUAAAAGUCCUAAAUGCAGCCAAAAUUGUCUCCAGAAAUGCACAGAAAAGUUUACACAAAACGAGCGUGAGAAACUUUGCAAAUCCUAUUGGUCUAUACAAGAUUUUAAGCUGCAAAAAGAGUUUUUGCUUAAGCGCAUCAUCAUUAAGCCAGUGCAGACUACAAGAAAAUCUGUACCGAUUGAAAAACAAAGAAGUUCUAGCAGAGAAUACGGUUUCUAUAAAAAGAAGACUGUAUUUGAAUGA